AUGAACCAUUCGCUAUAUAGCCUCGACUAUGCCAUCGAUAUAGGCCAUUCAAAGUCCGCCACCGAGGUUCGAGUACUGCCUGAUGGUGCCACCGUUGCCACAUGCUCAGCCGAUGCCACAAUUCGAAUAUUCAACUUCAAAACAGGUGCUUUGAUUACCACGCUCAAGGGCCACACAAAGGGCAUCAACACCAUCGAGUACCUGCCCAUUAACAGCGAUAUCCUUGCUCUGGGGCUGGAUGACUUCACCAUUCGUCUAUGGUCAGUUUCCAGAGGAAAAUGCAUCAAAGUCCUCAAAAAACACACCUACCAUGUUACUGCCCUCAAAUUCACCUCAAGAGGCAAUGUUCUCGUCCUGGGAGGUGCCGAUGAAACAAUCAUCGUGUGGGAUUUGGUUAGCGGCAAAACACUCCACACUAUGGCCGCUCACUCAGACCCAAUUCUGCUGAUAUGCCUCAGUCACGACGACACAAUCAUUGCCCUGGGGGGCUAUGAUGGGAUCAUGCGUCUCUUUGACACUGAAUUGGGCCAAUGCGUCAAGACUCUCACGGUUAACUCAUCUCACGGUACCGCUACUGCUCUGACGGCAGAUGUCAUCAAUCAUCCCAUAUCUAGCGUCAUCAUGAGCCCGAACAGCAAGUACAUUUUCAGUUCUUCCCUCGACGGGUAUAUUCGAUUAUGGGAAUACUCCAAUAACAAGGUGUGCAAAACCUACGGAGAGGGUUCAAUUGCUGCAAAAUACUGUUGCGGUACCGCAAUUGUCACCGAUACAGAGCUGCCGUUGCUUGUACUGGGCAGUGAAAGCCAAGGUGUGCUCGUGUUCGAUGUUCAGUCUCGUCAAACAACGUUUGAGUACCCUUGUGAUGAUGUUGUCAUACUGGUUAUGGUUUACCAGGGUGACAUUGUUGCAUUGACGAUGACUGGGAAGCUUCUUCGAUUGAAGCUUAAUCCCGAAUUCAUACACGUUGCCGAGGCGCCACAUCUGCAAUUGCCGCUGCUGGUACUGGAAUCACGCGAAGCUACUGCUGAUUCAACAAGCCAAGUUCAAAGCGACGCUGAUGUUGAAAUGGAUGAAGCAUACUGA